AUGACUAUCAAGGAAGAUGACGACACUGUUUCUUCUUCAGUGUUAGAAGAACAAUCUCUACAACCAAAGAGCGGAGAGAACUCAGUGGUAACAAAGAUUAGCAAAAUAUUAUCCCUUCGUUUUGUCAUUAUUGCGUCGGUUAUUGUACUUGUAAUAUUGUGUUGCUUAUCAGUUUGGUUGGCAUCUUACAUUGGAUCCUCGAAUGCUUUGAAUACUUUGAACAGUGAUUUGAUUGUUUCGGUUGAACAAAAAAUUAUGAAUUACAUGAGAGACCGUCUCACUCCAAUAAUUGCUGCAGGUGAUGCUAUGGCAAUGGAUUACAACACAGGUGUUGCACCUCAAAACUCGACAUUUCAAAAAUAUUAUCUCAUGUCCAAAUAUCUCUCCUUUAGAGCCAACAGUAUUGGUUAUUUCGUUGCAACUCCAGCAUCUGCAGUAUUUUGUAUUAUUGAAAAAGGAAGUGGUGCCAAUUUACAACUACUCUUUGCCGAACAGUACUAUGGAGAGUAUGGCUAUGUUUUCAAUCCUGUAUUGAACACAACAUUGGUGACAUUGGGAACUCCCUUACCUAGAGCGCCGUAUCAGGUUCAUCAGCAAGAUUACUACAAUAUCAGCAGUGAUUUAUUUGCCAAGUACAACACAGAUAAGGUAUUUGGGCCACCUUACGUGCCACCUACUGGUAGUGUUGCCGUCUAUUAUGCCACCAAGAUUUACAACCCUUUAAUAUACAUGCAAUUAGGAGAGAAAGUGCCUGUAGGAAUUGUAAAGCUUAAUGUCGGUCUUUUGAAUAUUCAACAAUUCUUAGCAAAUAUUACUCUCAUUGGGAGAGGUUAUGUAUUAGUGGCAGAGGAGAAUAAUUUAGUAAUAGGAGGCUCCAUUAAUUGCAGUGCUAUUAAUCCAUCCCAACGUGUUCACCUCUAUGAUUUGAUCGAUCAACAAGCUGGUGCCUUGAUGCAAUCACUUGCUUCUCAAUUUGGUGGAAAUUUGAAUAAUGCUCCAUCUCUUCAGGGACUUCAAGUCACUAGUAAGGGCAGUGAUUACAGAGUGACUAGAUUUAAGUUUGAAAUAUUGAAUUUGAAAUGGAAUGUUUUCUUUGUCAUGUAUCAAGAAGACCUACAAAAGACCACUAAUUUAAACACAGGAAUAUCAGUGGGUGUAGCAUUAGGUUGCUCACUGAUCGGUUUACUCAUGAGUAUAAUGAUUGGAUGGAUGAUUACUCAACCUAUGAAAUAUUUAGAGAGACAAUUAGGCCUUAUCAAAAAGUUUGACUUGGAUAAAGUACAUUUUUCGAGUUCACCCUUUGGAGAAGUUAGUUCCAUUUAUAAAUCUCUUGGAGAGAUGGUCUACUGGUUGAAUGAAUUCAAGUCUUUCAUUCCAGAAAGUGUCUUUUCCCAACUAAAGGACAUGGAUGGAACUUCCUCAAUGGAUGAAAUGUCUGCCACUAAUAAGAAAAAUCAAGUGCAACCAAUUCAAGCACAGCAUUCCUCAUUUCUUUCUAAACAAGAUCACCAUGAAUCUCAGCGACACCAUUCAUCGUCCAUGAAAUCAAAGUCCUCAAUUAGUGAAAAAUCCUCAAUAUUAUUGAACAAAGCCAAAAAUACCACUCUUUUCAAAUUAGGACUUUCACACAAAGAGUGUAUGGUAAUUUCUGUUCGGUUGAUGGGACUUUCAUCUCUUUCCAAGGAUGUAAUCGAGAAUGUCAUUGCAAGAGUUUUUAAAUCAUUGGGAGCCAUCACCAAAACUAUUAGUGGAGAUUUACAAAUAUUCUCAAUUGAAGAGAUGCAACUAUCGUUAGCUGUAAACAAAUCCAAUACUAAUAAUGGGAAACUUGCAAAUAAGGCAUUUGAAACUGCUUUGAAAAUUUCAAAAGCUCUCUCACAAGAUUUAGCCAACAACCACCACAACAAGAAUAAUAAUGUUGCAAUAAGCCAUUCUGUUGGUGUUUGUUGUGGUGAGGCAUUGAUUGGAAACUUAGGAACUACUUCAUUAAGAUACUAUUCCAUUGCUGGUGAUAUUACAGCAAGAGCGAAACAGUUAGCAAUGUAUGGCGAGAAAUAUAAUGUUAGAAUGAUGACAGAUGAAAAAACCUUGUUGAACAAUCCUGACGUGAGAGGGCUAUUCGUUUUGAGACCACUUGAUAGAUUGUGUUUUGUCAACAGGAUUGGGUGCAUUGAAGAGAAUGUGCCCCCACAGAAACACAUUGAAACUGUGUUUGAAUUAGUCAAGUCAUGUACUGUUCAAGAUGAUGAGUGGUUGUAUGAAAUUGAGCAACAUAAGGAAAAUCAAAAAUAUGCUGAACUUACCGAUGCAUUCUCUGUAUUUAACCACAAGGUUGAACAGUUGUCCACAUCAGAAAAAGAUUUGUUCGAAACAAGCUAUCAAAUAUUCUCUUCGUAUCAAACAAAGUGUCCUAACGAUUUACCACUCUCAAAAUUAUUAGAAGUCAUGGACAGAAUUCGUGGCGAAGAUGCCAUUUUGGAGGCUUUGACAAGCUAUCACUCAACUAUUGGCCUGUACUCUGAGAAUAUUUCAGUACAUAAAUGA